ACUAUGGCAUUAUAUGCGUUGUAUACACGAUUUAACAUUUUAGUCUUUUGUAUUUAUUGUAACAUUCAACAAACAUUGUAUUUAUUUAAUAUUCAAUUCGGCCUUUUUUCCUCUGUGGGUGUUGGUGACAUAGUCUCAGUUUUCAACUGCCAAUUAAAGAUCUUUUAUUGGACUGUCCCUUUUUUACAUCCAUACACCAGAAAUCCACUUUGCCUAGGCAUUAGUACCACCUCUUCGAAGUGGCUGUACUGUUUCUGGGCUAACGCUUUGCAGUCACAUAAGUUCCAAUGUCUGCUAUUUCAAAGCAGAUUUACUUCUCAGUUUUUCCCUUUUCUUAAAUGAGCCAGUAUAAAGGACUGUCAUUGUCCUUAAUAACUGCCUGCUGGGUGAGAGGUUGAUUUUUUUGUUUAUCCAGUUGAAAUGUUGAGAAACUUCUUCGUGCAGCUGGUUAUUCAUCCAGUGUGUAAUUUCUUUCUCCAAUUAUUUGUUCAUUUCCACAUUUAGCAUGUUCUGGGAUGUGCUGAUUUGCUCUUCUAGUUUUGAGGGUAUGAGGCAUUCAUAGGCCUGAAAACAAUUGAUUGCACUGAUUCAUUGAUUUUUCUACAAACUUGAGAAAAAUUAUUAAGUGUUGUUUCGCCGUCUUUGUUGCUUCAAAGCUAUUUAAACAAUGACUAUUCAGUUGAUUAAUUAUUAGUCCAUGUACUGAUAAGCAAUAAUACAUUUUUGUCUUAGUGCAUAUCUCGUUUAUUUUUGGAUAUACUGAUAGACCUACUGGUCCUAUUCUCAGUUGUGCUUUUAACGUCUUAAUAUUUGAAUUUUUCAUCCAUUUGUUGAAUACUUUUAUUUCCUUUUAAAUAUAUGCGAUUGUGGGUUCAGCUAUGUUCUGUUUUCCACUCUCGUAACACCAAAGAUGGGAAAUUUGAUUGCCCUCAUUCGACAUGGUGUUCAAGUCAUGAAGAGAAUGUUGACCAAUAUUCGUCUAGUUUACCUUGUUUCAUGAGAAGAUGGAUAUGCGAAGGUUGCCAGUUUAAAAACUGUUCCAGUACUUCGAGCUGUGUGGUCUGUAAGAAAGAGAUGGCUGCCCCAGAAAUAUUUGUAAAUGAUGAUGAAUUUGCAGAAAAACAAAGCAAUCUUAACAACAUUCUAGAUAACGAAUGUCAAGAAUAUCCCGUUAACAAAUCUCCCAAACGUCACAGCCUUUCGGUUUAUGAAAAGGUGAAAUCAAAAGUAAGUAGAUCGCUUUCAAAUGGCUCAGUCAUUCACAAAAAGUACACUGAACCUCGUCGACCGAGCAGUUUACUCGUCGAGAAAAAUAUGCUCAGCUUCGACAUUGGAGAUAAGAAUAGUAACUUUUCCAUGUCUGAAGAUGAUACAAAGGAUAAGUGGUCUUGUCAAAGGUGCACAUUUCACAAUGUCAUUGAUUCUGAUAGAUGUGAAGUCUGUGAAACGCCAAGGAAAAGUAAUUUACCCACUUCGACACCAGUCAAUGUUGAUCAAUCAACCAACAUGGUUAUUUCUGAUUCUAACUGGGAGAAAAGAGUCAAUCAAAAAAGUAGAAUAAUUGUACCACAAAAUUCUCGGACGUUACCAGAGUUAUGGCAGAAGCCAGUUUAUAGAAGAUCUCAACCAGAACUGUUAACAAAUGAAAAUAAACAAGAGCAAAAAAGUGUCAAUCGACACAGCCUAUUAGAACCUGAUUGCCAAGGGAAUGCUACAUUAGUAAGAAGUUCUAUUAACAACCUAAAUUUACAAUUGUCAGCCCUACACGGACAAAAUUUUACAAGGUAUUCAUGUAUAGGAUUAUCCGAUCAAAACAAUCAAGGGUCAAAUCAACAUAUUAUAAAUAGCCAGUGUGGUUUAGUUAAUUCCCACUAUACUGAUAUAAAACUUGACUCUGCUAUAGCUGUUAAAAAUUCAUUCGAUCAUUCUAAAGACCUGGAAAAUCUGGAACGGAAAUGGACUUGCACCAAGUGUUCUUAUGCAUAUAAUCCUUUCAAGUCUGAAAAAUGUGAUAUUUGUUACUCUGUGCGUACACCACCCUCAUUGACUGAACCCAGCCUUAUAACUGUAACCAAAGAUAGUGUUCGUUACUCACCUCAAAAGGGUGAAAAUAGUAGUGAUGUAAGUAUUGAACAUUUUCAGCAGACCUUAGAUAGGGACUUUAAAGUGACUCCUUUAGAUAAUGAAAGAAAUGAAACCAACGAAUGGACAUGUAGAAAGUGUACUCUAGUUAAUACUGGAAAUUCUAAAGUUUGUAUUGUGUGUGGUGGUUCAAAAUUAAAAAGUGUUUCUUUGGUCUGUGAUAUGACUCUCCGAAAAGGUGAAUUUUGGUCUUGCCCUUGCUGUACUUUAAGAAAUCCAUUAAGUAGUCAAUGCUGUCAAGCAUGUAAGUCUCACAAUAAUAAGUCAAAAUUGUUGGAUGUGCCCCAAAAAAGUAUCACUCCGCGAAGUCCAUCUCCUAGACACUCAAAACAAAAAUUGUUACAUUCAACCGGAGGUGCUAUUCCUAAGCAAAAAACAAUAGCACGAAGAAAUAGCUCUGGUAGCAAUUAUAAACCAGUUACAAAAUUAAAAUUAAACACCUCAGAUAACAAGGCCGAAUCGGCAGAAGAAAAUAACUACUGUAGAUCGUGGCAAUGUGUCCACUGCACAUUUGAGAAUCGUACGGCUUCUCCUGCUUGCGAAAUGUGCCAGACUUCAAGAUGUGUUUCAGUACCGACUACUACAACAACACCGUGUAGCCAAAAACAAACUUUUCCUAAAGUUCAAAGGAGUGAACUUAUGGAAAACCUUAGAAUAAUAGAGGAACGUGAAGCACUCGACAAAUGGGAACGAAUAGUCCAAUAUUGUCAAGAGAACAAUGAACCAUUUGUCGAUGACUCAUUUCCACCGGCUUCUAAAUCGUUAUACUAUAAUCCAAGUGAUGUGAAAGACAACAGAGUAGUCAAAUGGCUGAGACCGCACCAAAUAAACACAGAAAAUGACAAUAAUUUAGAUUGGGUUGUUUUCCGUACUCCAUUGCCUUCAGAUAUAUCUCAAGGAGUCUUAGGAAACUGUUGGCUGUUGAGUGCUUUAGCGGUUUUGGCAGAAAGAGAAGAUCUAGUCAGAAAUGUAAUGGUUAUGCGUGAAUACUGCCCACAAGGUGCAUACCAAGUCCGUUUGUGUAAAGAUGGUCGAUGGAUUACUGUACUCGUCGAUGAUUUACUUCCUUGUGACAAACGUGGAAAUUUAGUGUACUCACAGGCAAAACGGAAACAACUUUGGGUGCCAUUAAUAGAGAAGGCUGUGGCAAAAAUCCACGGUUGUUAUGAAGCUCUUGUUUCUGGUAGAGCUAUCGAAGGUUUGGCGACGUUGACAGGAGCUCCAUGCGAAAGUGUCCCACUACAACCAAGUUCCCUGCCGUCUGAAGAUGAGCUUGAUAAGGACUUAAUUUGGGCGCAACUUUUGAGUUCUAGGUUGGCUCGAUAUUUAAUGGGUGCAUCUUGUGGAGGAGGGAACAUGAAAGUCGAUGAAGAAGAAUACAUAGCCAAAGGAUUGAGGCCAAGACAUGCUUAUUCUGUCUUGGAUGUUCGAGACGAUUUGAGCGGUAUCAGACUUCUAAGAUUGAGGAAUCCUUGGGGCCAUUAUUCAUGGAAAGGUGAUUGGUCAGAUGAUUCUCCGAUUUGGACGCCCGAAUUAAGGGAGCUACUUAUGCCCCAUGGAGCUUCUGACGGUGUAUUUUGGAUAUCUUUUGAAGAUGUUUUAAAGUAUUUUGAUUGUAUUGACAUAUGCAAAGUAAGAAGUAGCGGUUGGAAUGAAGUUAGACGACAAGGAACAUUACCUCCACUUUCAUCAGUUGACCAUUUAUCUUGUGUGUUGCUGACUGUUUUGGAACCAACUGAAGCAGAGUUUUCCCUUUUCCAAGAAGGACAGAGAAAUUCAGAAAAAUCUCAACGAUCUCAAUUAGACCUUUGUGUAGUAGUCUUUCGAACUAGAAGCCCUGCUAAUCCUAGUGUUGGGCGAUUAGUAGAACACAGUAAACGUCAAGUACGAGGGUUUGUAGGAUGCCAUAAAAUGCUGGAAAGCGAUCUUUACAUCGUUGUUUGUUUAGCUUUUAACCAUUGGCAUACAGGAAUUGAAGAUCCAAUUAAUUUCCCUGAAUAUGUAUUGGCUAUUCAUAGUUCAAAACGUCUAAUCGUUGAGCCAAUGAUACCACCAGCUUUUAUCUUAGCAGACGCAAUUAUUAGUCUUACCCUAACAAAAGGCCAACGCCACGAGGGAAGAGAAGGAAUGACAGCGUUUUAUUUGACCAAAGGAUGGGCCGGACUUGUCGUUAUGGUUGAAAAUAGGCAUGAAAACAAAUGGAUCCAUGUUAAAUGUGACUGCCAAGAAAGUUACAAUGUCGUUUCAACAAGAGGCGAAUUGAGAACAGUUGAUUCCGUUCCACCCCUUCACAGACAAGUUAUUAUUGUUUUAACCCAAUUGGAAGGAAGCUGUGGAUUUUCAAUAGCCCACCGUCUCACGCAUAGGCUGGCCAAUUCGUGGGAUCUUCAUGACUGGGGACAGGGUAGUCGACAUUGCCCAGUUAUUGACAAACAGGUAGAAGGUCUUCAUUCCCCUCGUAUAAUCACAUAAGAUGUUCACUAUCUAGAAAUUUUUUUUUUUUUUUCUGUUUAAAAAAUGUUCAUUUUGUAUUUUUAUUGACCAAUUCAAGGUGGAAAAUUUAAAGUCAUUAUUUUUUGUUUGUUUAACAAUCUCAUAGACUUAUACCAGGUUUAAAAUAAUAAUUCAUGAUAAACAGAUUGUUUGUUUUUUUAUUUCUUAACUAUUAUUUUAUAUGUUAUGUUAAAAGGAUUGAAGUCAGUUAAAUCUUGACAUGUAUUUUAUCAUUACAAAUCGAGCUUAAGUUUUCAAAUGUGGAGUCAUUUACCUCCUUUUCAGUCCAAAAAAUUUUAAGAGUAUAGUCAAUUAAUUAUUUGAAUCAAUAAUAAAAUAAAAUCAACCUAUUUGAAGUUCGUUUUCUGCCAUAACUUAAGGUCUUUUUAACAGUCCUGACUGAUUUUUUUUGCAUCAUUCUAUCCAUCUUCUAAGAUGGAAAAAGUUAGAUUUUUUUGGUAAAUAUUUUUUUUUAAAUACUGGACUGCUUGAUAUUCACCAUUGGAGUGGAACGCAUACUUCAUACUGUUAAAAAAUAAAAUAAAAGCAGAGAUUAUCAUCUAUUUCUUAAUAUAAUAUUUAAUAAUAUGUAAUGUAAAACAUGAUUGGUCUUCGUAUUCAUGGCCUCUCCUCACUGCUGCAUUUAAAUCUAUAGCCAUAUUCAAAGUUAGGUUAGCCAGACAGACCCAAACAAUCGUAAAUGACUGAAUUACAGGUAAGACCCUCAAGAGGAGAUCUCACAUUGUCCUUUUUUUAAAUAUUUUUUAAUGUGUCCUACUUGCUCGGCCAGCACGUUGACCCUACUGUAUAUAUUUUUUAUCUAGUCUUUAUGUUGAAAAAUGUGUUGACUGAAAAUGGAAAAUUUUAGUUUUAGUAGUUAAACGUCAAGGUAAUUUAUAGAAUUACUUUGAUGAUCUGGUAUAAUAAAAAAAGAGGGAAAUUCUUCUUUUCAGUUAUAAUUUAUCUUCUGAGAAUGUUCACCUUGUAUUGGUAGCAAGCUUAUGUUAUAUUGUUCUUCUUUCCUUUUCUUCUUUUUUUCCACUUAUUGAGAUUCAAAUUCAAUCUGAGAUUUUCCCAUGUCAUAAAUUUAUGAUAAAAUGUGUUCCUUGUUGGAUUUGGUGUUGUAUUUUAUUAGAUUAAAAACCUAGCAUUUAAUAUCAGUUCUGUAAUAUAAACAUUUCAUAUAGAAAAUAAUAAAUAAAACUUCUUGAUAUUUUAAGUAUUAGUUGCUCAAAUUAAAAAGAAUAAAAAAUUAUGUGUCUUUUGCAAUUUCUGUAGUAAAUAGUUAUUUUCAGUCCAAUCUAUGCCUUACUUGAGAUUUGUACAGAUCUACCUAAUUGUUCUUAAAAAUAAGUAAAUAAAAAAUAAAAAAAAUGAUUCGAUUGCGGAAUUAAACAUUUCUAGCAGUCUAACUUGCAAAGAGGUUAAAAUAUAAAUACCAAAACAAUGUAGUCCUAAUUUUUUUAUUUUUCCUCCUUAUAAAAAAGUUAAUUUAUUAUUAGCAACUCAAAAAAAAUUGUUUUUUUAUUUGAUUUACUUUUUGUCUUUCAACAAUGAUAAUUGUACUGAUUUUUUUAAGUGACAAUACAUUAUAUCUUUGCACAUAGAAUAAAAGCAAUUUAUUUACUUUUGUUUUAUUUAUUUACUAGCAUUAUUUAAUUGUAAU